UCACCAAAAUAUGAGCACCCUUGCGCUUGGUAUCCGCCAUUGCUGAACGAUGCUCGCUCUCGCUCGACGGCUCUCUCCUCGCCGGUUUCCCUCCGAUCGCCUCCUCCUCUUCUUCUUCUCCUCAUCUGAAUCCCUAAUCCCCCGUCAAUCCCCUAUCUUCCUCCUCUUCUCUUCCCCCUUCUCCUCUGCCUCUCAAUCGUCGUCGCCGCCGCCGCUCGCCGACCUCCGCGGAGGAUGCAACGCAGAAGAUCAACCGCCGCCAUUGCUCCCUCUCUGCCCCGGCUGCGGCGUCCACAUGCAGUCCACUCACUCCUCCCUCCCCGGCUUCUUCAUUCCCCCGGCCCCCAAAUCCCCUGACUAUCACGCCCCUCUCUCCCUUCUUCCCGGCGCCUCCGACGAGCCCCACCUCUCUCUGUCCCUCAAAUCUGGCGUUCUUUCUCCUAAUCCUAAACCUAGCACCACCCCUGGUCUUGAUUCCAAGCCCUUGGUCUGCUCGCGUUGCCACUCUCUCCGCCAUUACGGCCGUGUGAAGGAUCCCAGCGCUGAGAACCUGCUUCCUGACUUCGAUUUCGAUCGCAUGGUCGCCCCCAAGAUGGCCUCCCCCUCCGGCCCUCGCUCCGUUGUCCUCAUGGUUGUGGACGCUGCCGACUUUGAUGGUUCAUUUCCCCGCAAGGUCGCCCGCUUCGUUUCCUCCUCUAUUGAGAAGCAUUCAAUUGCUUAUAAAGAAGGGAAACCGGCCAAUGUCCCACGCGUCAUCCUCGUUGUUACCAAGAUCGAUCUACUGCCGUCCUCUAUCGCCCCAGACGACUUGGAGCAUUGGGUGAGGAAACAAGCACGAAUUGGUGGCGCUAACAAGCUCAGCGGCGUGCAUUUGGUGAGUUCUGUGAGGGAUUGGGGAGUGAGGAAUUUGGUGGAGCAUGUGAGGGAGCUCGCUGGCUCGAGAGGGAAUGUGUGGGCUGUCGGGGCACAGAAUGCCGGGAAGUCGACGUUGAUUAAUGCCAUGGGGAAGUGUGUUGAAGGAAAGGUGAGUCAUUUGACGGUGGCCCCAGUGCCUGGGACUACGCUGGGAAUUGUUAGAGUGGAGGGUGUUCUGGGUGAGCAGGCGAAGCUCUUCGACACCCCAGGGAUCCUGCAUCCAUACCAGAUCACCUCGAGGCUGACAAGGGAGGAGCAGAAGUUGGUGCUUAUGAGCAAGGAGCUCAAGCCAAGGACUUAUCGGAUCAAGGCAGGUCAUUCGGUCCAUAUUGGUGGGCUGAUGAAGCUCGAUGUGGAGGAACUGUCAGUGGAAACCCUUUAUUUGACAGUAUGGGCAUCACCUCUUGUACCACUCCACAUGGGAAAGACAGAGAAUACAUCUACAAUGAAAGAAAAUCAUUUUGGUCGACAGUUGCAGCCUCCUAUUGGGGAGAACCGUGUUGCGGAGCUUGGCAAAUGGUCAAGAAGAGAAUUCCGCAUUAGUGGUAGCAAGUGGGAUGCUAGUUCUGUUGACAUUGCAACUGCAGGUCUUGGUUGGAUUGCUGUAGGACUCAAGGGAGAAGCUGUUCUAGGCGUAUGGACAUAUGAUGGGAUUGAUGUAAUUACACGAAGCCCGCUGCUCUCUAUUAAAGCUCGAAUAUUUGAAGAAGCCGGCUUUACAACCUCCAAGAUUGUCGCCGAAGCUGACAGUGUAUACAAUAAGCUAAAACACAAGAAAUCAGAGAAGGGAAAACAUUUGGGUCACAAAUCUAGACCAGUUGAAGGUGACCUCAAUGCUUAACUUCUCUUAAGGGCAGCAUAAAUGGAAGCUAAACUGAAGGCAAAUUUUGACAUUAUCUGUAGUGUUAUGUUGGGGAAGCAAUCAAUUUUAUCAUAUAAAUUUUGCUAGUUUGAUCAAGUUAGGUGUAAUUUCUCUUGUUUUAUGUUGUGAGGAUUUUUUUUUUCAGUGUUUAUUUCUUAUCGAGCUAAGCUGUAAAUGCGGUCUAAAAUUGUGUAUGAGGCUUUUAUGUCAACAUUUAUUUUUGUUUGUGUGAAAUAUUGGAUUGAAUGAGUGAUA